GUAACGCACGUCGGAAGUGCAGGUGCAUCAGCAUCACAACAAGAGCGGAACAAGGCUGGCUGGUAACGGGGAGGCGAUUUGAUCCAGUUCACAUUUCAGAUUGCAUCUGUCAUUAUUUAACGUUGUUCAUUCCACACUCGGUAACAUCGCAAUGGCUUUGAAUAAGAACAAUUCUGAAUCUGGAGGCGUCAUUAUCACCAACAAUGAAAGUGUGUUGAUGAGCUAUGAGAAUGUGGAGCUGGUGUUCUGUGAAGCAGAGUGCCUGCCUGGUGCCUUCAGGAAGAGUAAGAAGGGGAGUAUCUUCCUGACCCCCUACAGGGUGAUAUUUGUGGCGAAGGGGGGUCGUGAUGCUCUGCAGUCCUUCAUGAUGCCUUUCUACCUGAUGAAGGGCUGUGAGGUCAAACAGCCUGUCCUGGGGGCCAACUACAUCAAAGGCACAGUCAGCGCAGAGCCCGGAGGGGGCUGGGAGGGCUGUGCCACCUUUAAGAUGGUGUUUGCUGCAGGAGGAGCCAUAGAGUUUGGACAGUACAUGUUACAGGUCGCUGCACAAGCAUCCAGAGGGCAGCCUGUGAGUGGUGGCUUUGGGGGUUGUCCCUACAUGGGCAAUGGGGCCUAUGCUUACCCUCCUCCCCCGGCCAAUGGGUACCCGGCGGGACCCCCACCCGGGUACUCUUACCCCAACCCCCCUCCACAAGGUGUAUUCUACCCCAACCCACCAGCGUUUGAUGGUCCUGCGGCCUACAUGCCCCCUCCUCCCUACUCCGCCCCCCUGGGGCAGCAGGCCCCCCACGACCCUGCCCUGCCUUCCACACCUGCAGCGGAGGCAAAGGCAGCAGAGGCAGCAACCAGUGGCAGCUGUUCCACACUUCCUCCCACCUACUUGCCACAGGACAACCCACCCCCCUACUCCCCUACUGAAGACAAGAAGAGCCAGUAGAGAGCCUGUAUCUCAGCUCCCACCCCUCCUUCACACGGCCUGUACCACCACCCCAUCUCUCUAUCCCUAUGAUGUCUUUGUUCCUCCUUUCUCUUCCACCAACCCCUCCUUUUGGUCUAUAUCCUCUCGGUCUACCUUGCUCCCUUUUUAAGUCACUCCACCCCUCUCCUCCCCUCCUCUGGCCAGUCUCUUAACUCACAACCAGCUAGCUAUGUCAGCUCCUUUUCCCAGCUCGUGUACAGUUACCUUCUGAGUUCCACUAAACAGUUCUCUCCACCUGACUUUAACUAAACAGUGUUACUUACAGCUUUUCUAGUGGUUGAUGAUAUGAUUGUAGCUUGUUUGAGCCAAAGAUGUCAGGAAAAAGGGGAAUAUUAGGUUAAGACGGAGGUGUUUUUGACUGAGGUUUAGUAGCAUUCUUGGGUACCUGCCUUUUUCUGCAUUGCCAAACACUCCAUUUUCUUGCCAGAUCAGACAACGGCAAGUUGGCUAAAGCAGAAACGGACAGACAUGCAGGCUCAAGGUUUAGCAGGUUGUUUUGGUGAGAACCUGGUUUAUUUCAGAAGACCGUUGAUGACUAAUUGAACAGGACUGUGAUUUCUCAGCUUUCCUAGCGAAAGGCUGUAUAUUGUUGAUUUCAUUUAUUAUUUCUCUGUACAGGCUUUUAAUGUGACAACUUUUAAUGAGAGGAUAGCAGUAGAUCAUUGGACCAGGUCUUUGUUGAAAAUUUACAUAUCGGAAAUAACACCCUUCUAUAAAGGGAAUAUAGUGUAAUUUGAGACUUUCCCGUUGUGUUGAUAGGAACCAAAAUGUCCGGUAUAGUGGACAGCUAUCUAGAACACUAAGAAUCCCUGAUCCUAGUUGAACUAUCAAACUACAUGGAAAGAUGAUCUUAGCUAUCUGCGACUACUGCUACUUCCUGUGUGUGAAUAUAGAGCAGUUGCCCUAUGAUGUCAUGUCCUGUGUCACUCUUCUGAACAUUCUAGAACUUACUCACCCACCAAAUCACAUCAAGGAAAUUAAACAAAUGAAAUAGUUCCUUGCAUCACAUCACUCUGCAGUGUUCUGGACUAACAGAUUAGAUCAAUAGUCACAUCUCUAACUACACUGAUGGCUAUCAACUUCUCUUGUGGUGUGUCCUUCACUGACAUGUUUUGAGGUCAGUCUCCUGAAUCUGAUCUGAGCACCUUAAUAUUUGGGCAUCUCUCUUUCUCUCUGGCACAAUGCAGCUGGAAGAUUCUUUGCACUUUCAGAAUGCUAUGCAUCGGGCCUCUUUGCGCCUGCCAUGGCUAUGUGUAUAGUAAAAAAAAAAAAGUCAUAUGGCUAUAUUUAUUUCAAGUUCCCACUAAUUUAUUGAUGAAUUCAUUUGAAAUGGUCAAAUAUAUUAUUAAAAAGACCAAAGCAUGGGCUCAAUUGUAACUAAUAUGGAUUGAAUUUUUAUUAAACUGAUCUUGUGAUGUGAA